GCAGCUCGGUCGCGUUUCAAUCCAACGCCAAACUCGCGCAACAUGAUGCAUACGAAACUCGUUCUUAUCAUCAUACCAAUAAUAGCCCGCUGCGAUAUAACUUUCUCAAUACUAAAAGACGAUUUCGACGUGAAGUGUGUUAAUAAAAAAAUUGUCCAAACCAAACCAAUAAGUUAUAGUGUUGUGUGUCUGGAAAAUAUUAAACUUUGGAAAAGACGAAAACGGCUUAAUCGGAUGUUUGAUGAGUUGAAAGUUAGUUUGAAACGUAAGCCGAUGGAAUAUGUGUUCGACUUAAUGAGUACUUCUGUAAAUAUUGAAUCCAAACCGCAGAAUGAGUCUGACCUGAUAGCCAGGUUCAAGGAACGGUGGCCGAUUCAUCUUUGGCGUCGAUUCCUGUUUACGGAUGAAUUCCUGGUGUGUAUCAACGAACACUGGCUGGGUUUCCCGCCACCAGACCCUGAGUAUUAUUACAUUCUUGGAGGACUAUACGUUGUUAUGGCUGUUAUAGGAUGUUCAGGGAAUGCAGUUGUUAUUCUUAUGUACUUCAGAUGCAGAUCACUUCGUACUCCUGGCAACAUUCUCGUGGCCAACCUCGCUCUCAGUGACUUCCUAAUGUUAGCCAAAACACCAAUUUUUAUCUUCAACUCCUUCAAUCUUGGACCAGCUCUCGGAAAAUCAGGUUGUGUAUUCUACGGCUUUGUCGGCGGUUUAAGUGGUACCACAUCGAUUGCUACUCUCACCGCAAUAGCGCUAGACCGGUACUGGGCAGUCGUGCAUCCUCUAGAUCCUCUGAGAGCUCUCACAAUUAUUAGAGCCAGAUUAUUCGCGCUAGGUGCCUGGGUGUACGCAUGCAUCUUCUCCAUGAUACCAGCUUUAGACAUAGGAUAUGGACAAUAUGUUCCCGAAGGCUUCUUAACGAGCUGCAGUUUCGAUUACCUCACAGAGAAACUACCACCGAAAUAUUUCGUUUUCACGUUUUUCUGCGCUGCCUGGCUUGCGCCUUUAUGCAUCAUAUCCUUCUGCUACACGAGAAUUCUUCAGAUCGUCUCUGGUAAAAGAAACUUGACUGCAAAAAAUCAUGAUAAGAAUAUGUCUUCCCGUCAUGUUAAAGAGCAGGUUAAACGCAAAGCAGAAAUCAAACUCGCAGUUCUAGUGAUUGCAGUUAUUGCCUUAUUCUUCGUUUCCUGGACGCCUUAUGCAAUUGUUGCACUACUAGGGAUUUUUGGCAAGAAAGAUCUCAUAACUCCAGCUAUAUCGAUGAUCCCAGCAUUGUUUUGCAAGACAGCUGCGUGCAUCGAUCCGUUCAUAUACAUAAUUACUCACCCGAAGUUUCGAAAGGAAUUUCAAAAGAUGUUGUUUAGAGACAAAUCUCGGCGUAUGAGGGAGACAUUUAAAAGUAACGUUUAUUAUACAGAAACUAGUAAAAUGCAGGUUACUAAAGAACUGAGUGAAACUGACGUCGAAGAAAUUGAAAUGAAAGACAUUCCAUAUCAGAAUGAGAUGAAUGGCAAGACUAUGGUUAGCGUGAAUACGGUAUCAUCCAAGGUGUCGCAUAGACAGAACUCACAACGGUCACAAAGAAGUGCUAGCAUGAAAAGUUUGGAGGAAGACCUUGUCAGUCCGCCAUCAUGGUAUACAAAACCACAGUUCACAAAGUCGAGAAGUUUUAGCCGAAAAUCUACAAAAAGCUCUUGUUAACUAUUUAAUAACAAUCUAUUAGCUGUUGUGAAGAUUUAUAGUACAUUCAUGUAGUCAAAUGAGUUAUCACGUUCAAUUCACAUGUAGAUUACAAAUUAAUUUCUGCAGAUAUUAAUGCGUAAAUAUUUCAUGUUUCUCCGUUUAAUAGCUAAGCACAUAAGGUUUAGUGGUUUAUUCUUAGACAUUCAUAAGAUUUAAAUACAUAUAUUGAAAUAUAGACAAGUUCUGCAUUAUAAACUCAUUGCAAUAAAUAUUUAUUAUGUGUAACUAGAUUAAACCUAACGUUUGGAAUAAUUGAAAGAUCUUUGGCAGACACAGUUCAUGUUUACUAUUCUUAGCACGAAUGAUUUCAAAUAUUGGAUAGUAACUGAGAAUCGCUAAGUUGAAAAUAUCGUAUCGAAUAUUUUGUACAUCUUCAUAUAAAAAAUUACCGGGUUUAUUUCACACAGUUGUUGAAUUUCGUAAGUAACCAAAUGUGAAAAAUAUCGGUAUAUACAAUAAUCUCCAACUAAUUACAUUAAAUAUUAAUUUUAAAUCUAAUUCUAAAUGUUAUUGCACUUACAGGCAUCGACCACAUACAAAUAUUAAGUUUUAUUUGUGCAGCAUAAGAACUUAUGUUGAGAAAUACAAUAUAAUUUGUAUCUGUAAAGUGAACAUUUAUGAAAAUAAACAAAACUCAUUUUACUCAAGGCAGAACUAAUGUUGUUUUGUCUGCCUUGAUUAUUUCACUGCACGUCCCUGCAUUUUCUAGUCGGGUCAUCAGUCUCAUAGACAGCUGUUGUCUAUUACCUUUUGUUGUUUGUGUCGCUUGUCGACAGCACAACUAAUCUUGAAAUCCCGAUUAAAUGAUGUUUAAUUAACAUUAUAAGUUUUAUAACAUUAUAUGAAUGUUAAAUUACCUGUGAUUUAGAGUCAAUUCAAGUUAAUUUUAAUUAAAUAUGAAUUUUUAUCUAAAACAUUUUCAAGUUCAACCACCGAAGCUCAAAUCAAUAUUAAUAUCCCACGUACAAUAAACAGCUAGACUCACAAUCACACUCAAAAAUUGUCUGUAUCAACAAUUUGCCUACGCGUCUAUUACGCAGUAUUUUCGUUCAGUUGUGUUUCCACCGUGCUUUGAAUACAUCGUCGCGCAAUGACAAUGUUCAGUAUAUCAAUAUAUAGUUAUAUUUUGCAUUACAGCAUAUUAUCCAAACUCAAAAAGGAUGUCGUAUUUCAGGUAAGUGCAAUACGACCCUUUAAAUUAACAAAAUUGUUAAAUUAAAAAAUUAUCUUGACUUUUUUUAUAUAUGACUUUGUUAUGAUUUACCUCCGUCUAUCGCGUGACCUAGUGUUACUACUUCUAAUGAGAGUAUACAAUCGACUUUGAACAUUACUGCCACGAAAUGAGGUCUUAAUUUGCAUGAAAAUUUUAAUGUUAUCUGUAUACGUAUAUACAACGCCGCUCGAACAUUUUUGACGACCUUUUAAUAGGCGAUUGGUAGUCUAGUUGUUUAUAGUCCGUCAAUGCAACUUCCUCAAAAUCUAACUAACAUUCUUUAAAUUAUUGUACCUACUCAAUACCUACUUAUAUAUCUAGCCCGUUCAUUGCUAACAGUUGAAUCGAGAAUUUUCGUUCAAAAACCAUCAACUGGAACUUUUUGAUCCAGCCUUCUGAACCUUCCAAUAGGAUUGGCCUGAGCAGGCUCUUGUAUCCCUGGGACAUCAAAAAUACAAUGUCUGCAUGUAACGUGACAAAUGAUAAUAUCUUUACAUUGUCCCAACCUCUUUUAAUAAAUUUAAGAUCAAUUUAUCCAGUAGUUACCUACAGCAAUAGCGUGUACAAAUAAAACAGACAGAUUUUUUUUCAUUUUUGUGUUCAGCUACCUCCCACUAUCAUAAACAAUCAAAGAAUAUGUAAUAGUAUACAAUCGGGUAUUGGAAAAAUAUGCUAUGUACAGACAUGUUGCCUCUAUAGUCUUAUUAUAGUAUAGAUUACAAUGUUACCCAUAGAACAAUGACGAUGAUAAUUGUAGCAGGGUAUUUAGUAUAGAUCAUAGACUUAAAUUACAUUAAAUACAGCGUGUAGAUGACAUGAAAUGCCUGGUAAUUCAAAUUCAAAUUCCUAGCAAUGCAUGACCAAUUUUGUUUUGUCAAUGCAAUAAGAGUUCUAUAGAUAUUAUCAAUGACGUUCUAUCAUAUCAUAGACAAAUCACAUAUUAUAUAAACAAAGGUUUUGUUUAAAUUUCGAACUAGCUUAAAUAGAAAGCUGUCUAAUGAAAAAAAUACAACAAAACGCAAAUACAACAGAACACUUAAACGCGGGAAAAGUUAUUCUUGUUCGUCAUUGAUUUUGAAAAGUAAUUGUAUUUGACAAAAUAUAAUUAAUUUGACAAUGAUAGUUUUAACUUCCGAGCUAUAUUUCAGAAAAAUUCUACACAAGCCUCGGCCACAACUACACGAUCGUCCAUCAAUGCCUCUUUUGCUGUCUCCGCUGCAGUAACGUAUUAAGUACCUAUAUACUAAAUUUAGUAGUAAAUAAUGAUAAAGCGAACGAAAAAUGAAUAUUCACUGUAAAAAAGUAAUUGUUGGUCGCUUCCCUUAUUGAUACAGGUAAACAACAUAUGAAUCCAUAAUUGAAAAUGAAAUGUUAAUGCAUACAUAAUGGUUCGAUAAAACGAUUGGUAAUGAAUUAUUUUAACUGCUCACUUACCCAAGAAUGUCAAAUAGAACUUUUUUUACAUUACCUUGGCGAUACAUCUUAAAACAGUAUUGAGGAAGAGAUUAUUUUUUUAUUGUGUUUUAAACCAAAUAUGUUGGAUGAUAAAGUGUCAUGUCAAAUUACGAUAUUAUUAUUAGAAUACUUUUACUAUCACUAAGUACGUUAAAAAAUAUUUACUUCACUGUUGAAUCAAAUUUGAAUUAUAUUAUAAUAGGUAAUAGAAAGUAGGUAUCUACGCCUAGCAGUUAUGUGCAUGAAAAAGAUCUAAUAAAAACCUUAAACCUUAUAUAAAUCUUUUAAUUUAGAGUCAAAACUAAACCUAAUGCCAACCUAC